AUGCCGUCUAUUCUCAGCGAUGCCGACAAGGAAACUGUCAAGCGGAAUGUCCCCAAACCCGCCAACAAGAUCCUCGCCGUAGCUGUCGCACGACUCUACGUUGCCUACCCCGAUGGACAGCGAUGGUCGUUUACCGGCAUCCAGGGAGCUGCAGUCAUCUGCAAUGACCUUGUGGGAAGGACUUUUUGGCUCAAAAUGGUCGAUGUCUCGCCUGCCGGAAGAGGCGUGAUAUGGGACCAGGAGCUCUAUGACAACUUCAACUACAACCAGGACCGAACCUUUUUCCAUACCUUCGAGCUCGAAGACUGCGCGGCCGGAUUAUCCUUCGUUGAUGAAAAGGAGGCCAAGACCUUUUUCAAGAAGAUGCACGAGCGCGAGAAACAUGCGAGCAAAGAAACACUCAAGACUCCGUUCGCUUCGACCCGGGGACAAGGACCAGCUCCCGUUGCCAACGGAAAGGUUGGACGGUCUCUAUUUGGAAGCUUGUUGCAUCGUUCGAGCGCAGCGCCGAGUGCGCCGCCUCCGACAGCACCUGCGCCCUCAAUACAGGUUUCUCAUCCCCCAACACUGGCCCCAAGCGCGGCCCCAAGCGCGCACCCAAGCGCGCCAGCAGCUAAGCCAGAAAUGCUAUUCGAUGCCAAGCUGUUGGACGAGCUUAAGGAGAUGGGAAUCACCGAAGACCAAAUCGCCGAGAACUCCGAUUUCAUCCAAAUGUACAUUGAUCAGAAGCAAGCGGCAGCUCAAUCGGAACCUGAGGAACAAAGCAAACCUAAAGCUGCCCCUCCUCCGCCUCCUGCUCCAAAGAUGAACACAAUCAGCCCUCAAGGCACAGGAUCCAGCUCGUCUAGUCGACGUGGCCCACCACCACCCCCUCCAUCCCGAAAGGCACGCCCCGAAGCAGCAGAGGAGCCAGUUACUCCUCCUCCUCCUCGUGAGCCAUCUCCUCCUGCUCGCAGAUUCAACGCUCCUCCUCCACUUGCAGACGCAGGCAAAUUUGCAGAGCCAGCUGGCCCUGCCCCGCCGCGACGUCCGCGCGCAACAUCGAAUGUCAACCCUGGCCCUCCGCCGCCGCCGCGUCCCCCCAAGACCCCAAUGGAAGACCAUCAGCCCAGCCAAUCUCGUUUCGGGGUGCCGCCGGUAUUCUCUGGGGAUCGUAAGGUCUCCGCACCACCAGCACCACCGAGCCGUAGCCCUGCGCCAGGUGGACCUCCCCCGCCGCCGCCUCGUACGAUGAGUCCAGCAGCAGCACCACCUCAACUACCACCCAAAGGGACCUGUAUCUCCACCACCGCCCCCUCGACCUGUGCCAGGUCCACCGCCUUCUACAGCAAUUCCACCACCACCGCCCCGAGGCCCAAUCUCGCCUCCUCCCCCUCCGCCCCCUUCUAUGCCUGCAUCAUCCCCAAGCCUUCCCCCUCCACCACCUCCUCUACCCGGCUCUGCGGCACCUGGUGGCCCUCCCCCGCCUCCUCCCCCAGGGCGUGGCCCUUCGAUGCCUCCUCCACCGCCUCCUCCUGCACCAGGUUCUGGGGCACCUGGAGGACCACCCCCCCUCCACCACCUGGUCGAUCUGGCGGUGCUCCACCUCCGCCUCCCCCGACUGGAGGUGCUGCACCACCCUUACCCAAAAGCACCGGUGGACGCGAUGAUCUUUUGGCCUCCAUCCGAGCCUCUGGCAGUGGUGGCCUACGCAAGGUCAAGGCCUCUGAUAAGAAAGAUAGAAGUGCUGCUAUUGUCCCUGGUGGUGCUAACGAGUCUGCCGCAAGUCCCAGCGGAGGAGGUGCUCCUCAGGGUGGUCUAGCUGGUGCAUUGCAAGAUGCUCUCAACAAGAGAAAACAGAGGGUCAGCGGAAGUGAUGACGAGAAAGACAACGACGACGAUUGGUGA